AUGUCGGAUCAUCAUCCUCGAUGCCGUCCCCUGCAGCCCUAUGCGGAGAAGUUUCUGUUCGUCAACUACGAUUCAAGCAGCCCAGGCGCCUCUCACGACCAGUCGCGAGUCCUCUCCCACGUGCGUCAGAACUAUCAUGUGUGGCGCCGAAGGCAAAGCGUCAGACAGCUUCGAGACCUCGUUGUCGUCCCUGGCACCAACAAGCAGAAGCUCCCGAUCCCUAGCUCCAAAAGAUGUCCCAUGUCCGAUGGCAGCAGGAAUGUGCGAGGGCGUGUAGUCCCAGUAAUGCCCAAAAAAGCCAGCAAAACUCAACGAGGUGGUGGAGUCUCCGAAACCACAGUCGGCACUCGUCUCAGCUCCUCUUCGAUCAAACUGCAUGGGGGCAAUUCGGAUCCUUUCAAUGCUUAUCCGGUCAAAAUCAGUCCACGAGUCAAUGAGCUUAUCGCUUUCUAUCGAGACUAUCUUCUUCCCGCGCAGUAUCACGUUCCUUCCACGGCAUGGGUCAGCUCUGCCAAUGCGAGGUUAGAUUGGUCCAUCUGCAUCUCUACGCUUCAAGAGCCAGCCUUGGCAAAUGCCUUUAUUGCUCGUUCUGCGACAGUGGCAGCUGUGCUCAAUCCUGAUCUGCGGACACUGGCGACACGUUGCCGCCUGCGAAGUAUCCAGGAACUACAGGCGAGACUGCGAAACAAUGCGAGUCACACCUGCAGUGACGCGAACGUGCUCCAGAUCAUCAUGGUGCAGAAAGCCGAAAUUGUCGACAAAAACCUGUCCGCCGCGGCGGCACAUGCGAGGAUGCUGCAGAGUAUGUUUCAGGAACAGCAACGAGCGAACCGGACGGUGAACUUUACGCUUCUUCAAUAUGCCCUCUGGAGUGAUGUUCAGAUCUCUUCGAUCUUCAUGACCCCACUCGCGUUCGACGUGAGCCCUGAUGGCUGGAUAGUCACCACGAUGCAGCCCCUCUGGGAAGCUGCUCUACAGCAGCUUCGAGAAGUUCCACUGUGGACAGACCUUCGCGACGAUGCGGAAAAUUCACUCGACCCGAGUUUGGAAGGCGAAGAGAUAAAGGCAUUUUUCAUCUCUCGAAGGACCACCCUGAAAACCUGGUUACUUUACGGACUCAAUGGUCGACCCGCGCCACCUCUCAUAAUGCUGUGGCUGGCCACGAGCGCCUGUCUUCAACAGGGCAGGAUGAUCAAGCACUAUAUUCGCGCUGUCCAAGAGACUGAACAGAGCACAUCAUCACCAUCGUCGAAAGGAGGAGGAGACUCUGCGGAGAAAUUAGAGUUCUGGUAUACCCAACAAUUUCUGGUUCUUGCAGAAUUUCUCUGGACGCACCAUUUAAGCUUCAAAGUUGAGGUCUGUGGCGUUGAUCUUUUUGAUAUGGUUCCGACGCAACUGAAGAAUCUCCGGUCAGCACUGCAAAAUGCUGAAGACUUGGGACGAGGUGCCAAACCCGGCGGUUCUUCAAAAUAUCGAAAUGCCCGUCUCUGGGCCCUGUUCCUCGGCGCGCACGCCGAAUGGUUGAAGCGAAACCCCAAGAAGAAAAUAUCCAAGUCAGCGCCGUCACCAGAUAAGUCUCUCCUCAACAGGAAUCAUAAGGACGAGUCCCCUACAUUCCUGAGGGACUGUAAAGACGUCAAAUUCAGUACUUCGGAAAGCUAUGAGGAAACAGAUGAUCGAUGGUUUGAGAAGCAGCUAGCCCGCCAGCUCCGGGAUAUGGGAUUGUCAAUAUGGAAGGAUGUUUAUUCUAUCUUACGGGGUUUCAACUAUGCCGAUAUAAUUCGACCACUGGGUGAAGAGAUUUUCAACAACGCCAUGAAGGUGGUCCUACCUCCCCCCGAGGGUGAAUCAGGCCUAAGCAAGACAGAAGAGAGUUUGGCAGGGGGGAAAUUGUGA